CAUACGAUGUCGUUUUCAUACUUGGCUUUAACUAACAUUCUAACAUCAUCGUUCUGCAACAGAAGAUCGCGUUAGUGUACUAUGUGGACUCAGCUAGAACUACUCCAACGACAAUAACCUGUCUUCCAUCAGCACUCCUCCAUGAAAAUCGUAUUUUCGAAAAACCCAAUUAAUAUUCUAAAUUCUCGAUCUACUUCUUCUUCUUCCCUUUUUCUCUUCCAUUUCCGUUCCAAUGUUUUCAGAAGCCGCAGCUUUGUUCUCAGUUCCAGCAGAAAAUGGACCCUUGGAACCAAAUCUCUCAAAUUAUCGUCUUCUCCCUUAAGAGCUUCGUGUGCUCCUAGCUCGACUGUCUAUGGCGGCUGGGACGAGGUUGCAGUCGCCGGUGACUCCGAUUCGCUGCGCAGCUUUCUCGCUUCCAUUGGAAUCGAUGAUAGGAAGAAUGUUUUCGUGUUCAUCUUGGGCCUUGUUUGCGCCAUGGCGAUUUCCAGGGUUAGGGUUUCUUCCAUCAUUGUUAUUCCAGCUUCAGCUCUUGUUUUUGCGGUUGGUUUCGCCGUAGGGUUUUUCCGAAGCGGUGCCUUCGGUGACGCCAGGAUUAGCGGGACCAAGAGGAAAGAUAAGGACGAGAAUUCGAAGCAGUUUUCGGAGAAAUUGAGGAGCUUGUUGGAAUUCUUUGAUGAACUCGAUGGUGUGGUCAAUAACUUGAAGAGCGAUGUACAAUUUGCCAUCAGGAAUAAGAAAAUUGAAGAGAGUGAUUUCUUUGGGUAUGUUGAUGUCACAGAUAAAAUAAAGUUGAAGGCUUUGAAUGCUAGGAAUAUUGUGAAGGCUUUAAUUGAUAAUGAGGGAAAUUCUAAUGGGGCUUUUGUUGAGAACAAUAAAGGUAGUAGAAGAAAGAAAGAUGCUGGAGAAGCUGGGUACCAGAUGCUACAAUCUAUUGGAAGUUUGUUUGGAGAAAAAUCAGUUACCUCGAAUUCUAACAAAGUCAGAGAAAAUGCUAAGCAAGAGACAGUGGAUAGAGCAUUGGAUCAAGCACCAGGAAACGGUACUGUGCCUCCUGUUGAAGAUAAGGCUUCAAAUUCAGAUAGUAGAGGGAAUGGUAAGUUGGAUUCUUCUCUAGAUUCUUCAAUUAGAUCUGUUUCGGAUAUGUACAGAAAUGGAAGAACAAAGGGUAUUGCCGAGAAUGAUGAUUUUGGAUUAGGAGGUGUUGGCAGGAAAACUAAUAAAUUUCGUGAUGAGAAAGAAUAUAGUUACCGGAACAAAGGAUUGAGGUUCACAAAUAAUCGCAGUUUCUCUCUGAAGAUGGAUUCCAGCAGUGUAACAGACAUGUGGGAAUCCCAUGACAAUCUUCUUGAUUCUGAAAGCAUGAAAGUCAGAAUGGAACACAGGGAAAGUGAAUCUUCCUUUGUGCAGGAGCAGUUGCUCAAUCAAGGGCGCGAAACUUUCACGUCUUCUUAUGACAAGAGGGAUGAUGAGCCUCAUAGGUCUCCAUUUGAAGAAGAUGCAAUGAAUUAUGAUCAUCGCAAUCAGCAUCAUGGUGAUGACUUGCCUGGGCGUGAGAGUGAAUUCAAUGCUUCUUCAUCUGCAAAGACAUCAGAUGAUGAAAUGUUUGGUAGGUUCCUUGCUGAAGCAACCGAACUUCAAAAGCAAGCAAAAGUGUUUAUAAAGGCUAGGCAUGAUGAAGAGCAAGCUGAAAUCAUGUUAUAUAGGUCUGCUAACUUAUUUUCCAAAGCUUUAGACCUGAAGCCGAUGAGUUUAUUGGCUGUAGGCCAGUUAGGAAACACUUAUCUUCUUCAUGGAGAAUUAAAGUUGAAGAUCAGUCGUGAACUGCGAGGUCUACUUUCAGGUAGCAUCCAACCAUCAUCUGGGAGACGUAGUAGAGUACUGAAGGGAAUGCGGAAAAAAAUCACUAGUAAAGAAGAAGUUGCACCAUUGCUUAUUGAUGUAUGUGAAGAAUGUGAAGAGCUUCUGGUUGAGGCUGGCAGAAAGUAUAGGCUGGCAUUGUCAAUUGAUGCGAAUGAUGUGAGAGCCCUGUAUAAUUGGGGCCUUGCUCUCUCUUUUCGUGGGCAAUUGAUAGCAGACAUUGGUCCGGGUGCUGCUUUUGAGGCUGAAAGAGUAUUCCUGGCUGCUAUUGACAAGUUUGAUGCUAUGUUGUUGAAGGGCAAUGUUUAUGCACCAGAUGCUUUGUUCAGAUGGGGUGUGGCAUUGCAGCAGAGAUCUCGGUUAAGGCCAGGAACCAGUAAAGAGAAGGUGAAGUUGCUGCAGCAAGCAAGAAGGCUCUAUGAAGAUGCCCUUCAUAUGGAUUCCAAUAACAUGCAAGCUAAAGAAGCUUUAUCCUCUUGUCUCUAUGAGCUCAAUUACCGGUAAUUCUAGCAGUCAAUUCAUCAUGGAAAAGAGUUAUCCAAGGGAAUCAAUCUGCUUUCAGUCCCCUGGUUUGCAUAAUAAUUUGGCCAUAGUGGAACUUAGCCAUGCAUGAUUCCUAGUAUUGUCUUUUUUGUAUUGAUUCUCCCUAUUUAGACAGAGUCAGCAAAAUAAUAAUAGUUAAUAAUAAUGAGGGUGCUAGCAUAGUAAUAGAGACACAAUCUACAGAAUGAGUUCUAUUCUUGGAGAGCACCUAGGAGGUUAGGAGAGUAAUUUUGACUACCUGAUAAUAACAAAGGGGACACCACCCUUGGAAAGAAAAAAUGAUUUUUUUUGUUGGUUUUUUGGGUUUACAUUGUAUUAUAUGAUAUGAAUCCUGAAGUGAAGAUGGAAAUAAGCAUGUGGUUUUGAUUAUGGGUGAAAGAAAUAAAUUGUAGUUGUGAACA